AUGGCGUUUUGUAUAGAUUACAGACGUUUGAAUGAAAUGACCAUUGAGGAUAGAUAUCCCAUCCCAAAUGUAGAUGAACUGAUCAAUGAGUUAGCAGGAUCCAGUGCUACACUUGAGUUGCAUGUGGAACAUUUGAGAACAAUACUAUCUGUCUUGAGGAAACAUAGUCUAUUUGCAAAGAGAUCUAAAUGCUCCUUUGCCCAGCAGAGGGUGGAGUACCUUGGGCACACCAUCACUGAAAAUGAAGUAUCUAUGGACCAGUCAAAAAUAGAAAGGAUUAUGAACUGGCCUACUCCUAAGACUAUCAAGGAGUUAAGGGGCUUUCUGGGGUUGACUGGGUAUUAUAGGAGGUUCAUCAGGUACUAUGGAGUCAUCUGCAGGCCACUUAUAGAUUUGCUUAGGAAAGACAACUUUGUCUGGAAGCAGAGGCACAGCAAGCAUUUGAUUCACUAA